UCCUGCAACAAAGUCUUGAAACGUAAAUAACCUUUGUCAGAAAAAUCUCUGACAUCUCUUUACUGCCUUUCCUUCACCUUCACAUCUUCUCUCUCUCUAUCUCUACUAAUUCACUUCUGAACCUUUUCAUUUCAAUCCUAACUCCUUUUUCUACAUAGUUCAUUUUACUUUUCAUUCAAAAGUGAUCAUCAUCAUCAGUAUCAAAAAGAAAAAGCUCAUGCAUAUGUUGACAAUGGAAGCUAAACCUCUUCAACUUGUUCCCUCUUCACACAACAGCACAACUGGUGGUGGACCCCAGAUGAAGAUUGAGAAUGGUGAAGUUGAUGAAGAGAAAAGGGUUGUUGUUGGAGUGAAGGAAGAUAUAGAAAACAAGCCUUUGAUCACAGAAGCUCAAAGGCGUGAACUUGAUCAUCAAGUUUUUAUUUUUAAUCAUUUUGCUUAUAAUCUUCCUCUUCCUUAUUACCUUUUGCAAUUUCCAAGUAAUAUGUCAGAGUACAGUCGUCGUGGGUCUGAUUAUGUGACUAUGGUGGAUCAAGAACCACAUAGGUGUAGAAGAACUGACGGAAAGAAAUGGAGGUGCGGCAAGGACACAGUACCUAAUCAGAAGUAUUGUGAACGUCACAUGCACAGAGGUCGAAAUCGUUCAAGAAAGCUUGUGGAAACAUCUCAACUUAACUCUCCUUUGAAAACAAAUCCUAGUGGUGGUGGCAAGUCACAUGCAAAACUAGUCCCAAACAUUAAAUCUUCAGUUUCAAAUCCAAACCCUUUGAUUAUUCAUCACAAUGGCACAUUCUCAUACAAUCCGAGGACCUUCUGCGUUGUAGAUACUUCUUCUGUUUGUGAUCGGUCGAGACAUGUCAUAGAUUAUGGUGCCACUGCAGUGACAACUUCGGGAAGCACGACAUCCGUUUCUUUGGAUAACAGAGUUUGUCCUAACGUAUGCAAGCAAGAUGAGCAGAUCAAGAGGUGUAUCACCGACAACGUGGGUAUUAAAAGUGGUCGGAAAGGAAGCAUAUCUUGUGAAAGUAUUGGCAUCUCUACUGGAAUAGGCUUUUCCCCAAAGAGUGUUCUUCCAGUUUCUGGUUGCAAUGAUUCAUACCUCAACAACAGAAACAAUAUAUUAGAACCUGAACCCGGUAGAUGCCGAAGAACAGAUGGUAAGAAGUGGCGAUGCAAGAGUGCGGUUCUUCCAGGUCAGAAGUAUUGUGCAACACAUAUGCAUAGAGGUGCUAAAAGGCGUUUUACAAACCUCGAAUCUCCUCCUCCUGCCACCACUGUUAUUCCUAAAACUACUGAUAUUAGUUCAGCUGUUACCAUUGCUCAGUUGCCCGACCCUUCGGCUCCAAUCGACAUCCAGAAAGCGAAUUGUUGGUCUCCGAGCACUAAGCUUUCAAUGUCGGUUCAAGAAAGUGCGCCCUUUGUUGAUUGUAAUGAGAAAAGUGUUAGCAGCGGUGACACGGAUGGUACUAGUACCACCAUCACUGACACCAUGAAUGAGUGUAGCUAUCUUUCUUUCUAAGUAGUUGUGUUUAAUUUGUUGAAACAUGUUAGGUCUUCAUAUAUGAAUGAACUUCGUUAACCUAUCUGCAAACUGAGAUCAGUUUUGUGUGCAAAGGUCUAACACAUUAUCAAUAUGUGUUGGUGAAGAAUAUAUGAAUCAAAUUUUCUAAGUUGCAUUUUA